AUGUUCACAGGUGACUUACCAGAGCAGCACAUCUUCACUGUCAGACCACUCUGCUCACCUGGGAAGACAAGUGCAUGGUGUCAGGAUCAGUCAUUCAAUGAUGAUGAAGACCUCAGUCAUACAUCAUACAACACUGACUGGAUGAAAUCCAUUGACAACAACAAGAAAAUCACUCACAUCACCAUUCCUGGUACCCACGAUGCCUUGGCUCGGUGUGGUAUAGACCUUGCUAUUUGCCAAGCAUGGUCACUGAAAAAUCAGUUAAGGGCAGGCAUCCGCUAUCUAGACCUUAGGGUCACAGAAGACCUCGGAAUAGUCCAUGGAAUUGUAAAACAGGGAAUUACAUUCACCGAAGUGUUAAACACUGCCCUAGACUUCCUAAAUCAGCAUAAGAAUGAGGCUGUUCUGAUGAGGGUGAAACCAGAGGGCAACAACAAAAUCAAUGUUCAAGUGGAAGUUCAAAAAGUCAUUAAAGAUCUGGCAAAUGUCUGGACCAAGUCAGAAGUACCAAAUAUGGGUGAUGCAAGGGGCAAGGUUAUUCUGGUGCAAAAAAAUGACUUUAAGCUAGGUGUUCCAUCUAUUGGUACCGACAGGAAAUGGGAUUAUGUGGUUAUUAGAAAGGCCAAGAAAAAGGAGAAAAUUGCAACACACCUGAAUGAGGUAAAAGAAAUGUGUGCGAAAGAUGGGAAUAGUGAUAAGGUUGUUGUCUCCUACUCAAGUGGAACAGGUACAAUUCUUAAGUUUUGGUCAACACCAAAAGAAGUGGCAAAAGACAUCAACCCCUGGUUGAACAGAUAUCUAGCUAAACUUGAGUAUGGGCCUUGUUUUGGAGUUAUUGCUAUGGAUUUUCCAGGCACUGGUCUUAUUCAAACUGUUAUCAAACUCAAUGAUCUACCAGUUGCAAAAGAUCAUGUAACAGCAAAAAAAUAA